AUGGAAAGCCCAAAUGAAGCUGCUCUCUUGGCCCUAAUGGAGAAGACAGGAUACAGUAUGGUUCAGGAAAAUGGACAAAGAAAAUUUGGUGGCCCACCACCGGGCUGGGAAGGCCCCCCCCCGCCAAGAGGCUGUGAGGUGUUUGUGGGGAAAAUUCCGCGGGACAUGUAUGAGGAUGAGCUGGUGCCUGUGUUUGAACGCGCAGGCCGCAUCUAUGAGUUCCGUUUGAUGAUGGAGUUCAGUGGGGAAAAUCGUGGCUAUGCCUUUGUCAUGUAUACCACCCGAGAAGCUGCGCAGCGAGCCAUCCAUCUUCUUGACAACUAUGAGAUUCGUCCAGGGAAGUUUAUAGGAGUAUGUGUGAGUCUAGACAACUGUCGGCUCUUUAUUGGCUCCAUCCCAAAAGACAAGAAGAAAGAGGAGAUACAAGAGGAGAUGAUGAAGGUGACUGAUGGGGUGGUGGAUGUUAUUGUGUACCCCAGUGCCACAGACAAAAGUAAGAAUCGCGGUUUUGCGUUUGUGGAGUAUGAAUCGCACAAAGCUGCUGCCAUGGCCCGCAGAAAACUCAUACCAGGAACGUUCCAGUUGUGGGGGCACACUAUUCAGGUUGACUGGGCUGAACCAGAGAAGGAUGUAGACGAGGAGACAAUGCAGCGUGUACGGGUUCUGUAUGUGCGCAAUCUUAUGUUGCACACCACAGAGGAGACGCUUCGGUCUGAAUUCUCUCGUCUAAAGCCUGGCUCUGUGGAGCGCGUUAAGAAGUUGACAGACUAUGCCUUUAUCCACUUCCACAACCGUGAAGAUGCACUUGCUGCACAACAGUCCAUGAAUGGCAAACUUAUUGAUGGCUCGCCCAUUGAAGUUACUCUCGCUAAGCCAGUCAGCAAAGACGGGAGUCGAAGAUUUGGAACACGGGCCAGCCAUAAUGGAAUGGCGGUAGGAGGGCUGUAUGGUGACUCCAACUUUCUUUUACAGAGCAAAGAUGACUCUGGGAUCAGCUUGGGUACAGGGAUUAUGAGUGAAGGGUUAUACGCUCGUCCCCUUAGCUUACCACCUCGCUGGGGCAAUCCUUAUGCUGUGGACUUAGAACGCUGUGUGUAUCCGUUCCUGCCAGGAUCUACUCUGGUACCAGUUAGUCUGCAGACUCUCAAACCCAUCCAGCUGAGCUCUGCUGUAUCAUUGCUGGAAUAUUACUGCCACAAGAAUGGAUGGUCACUGCCAGAGUAUUACCUUUACUCCACAGCAGGGCACGAAGGAAAAACACUGCUCAUCUAUAAAGUCGUAAUCAGCAGCACCAGAAGCAGCUACAUGCCUGAUAAAGUUUGUUCCAUUUUGGAGGAUGCCAAGGAACUUGCUGCUCAGAACGCACUUUGGAACCUUGAUUCAUCAUUCCAGGUUCCCGGUUCCCCUGGGAGUUUUACUCCCCCUGCGUCACCUGGUUUGCUGUCAUUUCCGUGUCGAUCUCUGCCAUAUCCAGGAUACUCCAUGGCGCCCAUCUCACCUCCCCUACCCAUUCCUGGUGCCGGUGGACAGAGGCUCUACAUUCCUAGCCAGUCAUCCUUCUUCUGA